UAAAUAGGAUGCAUAGGAAGCUAUAUUUCCGUUUUCCAUAACCAAAAAGCGUACUUCGCCAAACUCGCAGCCAUGAUGAGCCCUCUUAGCAGUAUCGUCCUGUUCUCUUCACUUACCUUGAUCCAUGCCCAGUAUGGAAACCAAGUCCAAGCCGCUACCACAACUACCUCAUCGUCCACCACUUCUACCAGCUCAGCUGCUAGUAGCAUUCACACCGUUGAUGUUGGCGAGGAUGGCCUCACCUUCAAUCCAGCUUCCCUGACCGUUUCCCCUGGUGACAAAGUCGAGUUCCACUUCUACCCACCGGAACAUUCAGUUGUCGAAGCAUCCUUCGACAACCCUUGCCAGCCAAGUAGCAGUGGAGGCUUCUUCAGUGGAUUCUUCCAGACAUCCAAAGAAUCAAAAACUGUCUUUACCGUAACCGUCAAUAACACCGACCCCAUUUGGUACUACUGUGGUGUGGUAGGACACUGCCAGGCAGGCAUGGUCGGAGUCAUCAAUCCUCCUUCUGGCGGACAGGACACUCUAGCUUCGUUCAAGGCAGCAGCAGCAAAUGCCAAAGACUCGACCGUACCAGCAAACAUCUUCGGUGGUGUCAUCGGUCCUGCUAGCAGCUCAAGCACUAGCAGCUCAGCUUCUGGCACGACCGCGGCUACUUCUGCUGGCACAACUGCUGGCAUGACUACGGCUACUUCUACUGAAUCUGCAAGCCAGACAAGUGCUACCACAGCCACAACCAAUGCGGCUAAUACCAUGCGCGUUGCCGGUGAUGUCGCUGCCUUGGCAUUGGUGGGCCUCUUCUCGUGGCUCAUGAUGUAGGUGUACCAAUGUCGACAAUCCUGUCUUUGAUGAUGUUUGAGAUUGGAAUGAAAACAGCAUUGUGGUUUUGGACGCGAACUUGAUCAUGC